GUAUAAAAUCCGAGUCUAAAGCCCGGCGUAACUCAACCCGACCAACACCACAGUGGCAGGUAACACAAUCUACGCCAGCCUGCACAGUACUCAUCUUCCGUAAAGCUUUUUACUCCCCCUUUACUACACUCACAUUAUCGAGUCACAGGCAAUGUCUACACGAAUUCCCUUUGACGAGAGCUACUGGGAAGAAUACCUGUCGGGGCAAGAGGCGUCCCUCCCAGCUCUCCCAGCACUCACUCAACUCACACCCAGGGUGACUCGGCUCCUGGCCGGCAACCCAGGGGUCAUGCAAUUGCAAGGCACGAACACAUACCUGGUCGGCACGGGUGCCUCGCGGAUUCUGAUCGACACUGGGGAAGGCCGGCCGAUCUGGCACACCAUGCUGGUAGAGUAUCUUCGAGAACACUGCCUAACACUGGAGUAUGUGUUGGUAACGCACUGGCACGGUGAUCAUGUGGGCGGAAUUGCCGAUCUGAUCAAACACAGUCCGACACUACAGUCACGCAUCUACAAGUAUCGACCAGACCGAGGCCAGCUGCCCAUCGCAGACGGGCAGCAGUUCAAGGUAGCAGGUGCGACGGUACGCGCAGUAUUUACACCCGGCCACGCGAUAGACCACAUGUGCUUCCUUAUCGAAGAGGAGAACGCGCUUUUGACUGGGGACAAUGUGCUAGGCCAUGGUUUCGCUGUCGUGCAGGAUCUGACGGAGUACAUGGGAAGUCUCGUGCGCAUGGCAGCGCUAGGCUGCGCAAGGGGUUACCCAGCCCACGGAGCGGUCAUCGACGAUCUACCCGCCAAAAUGCAACUGUAUAUCCAUCACAAUGAGGCGCGCGUGCAGCAGGUGACCGCCGUGCUAGCGGAGACUAUGAGGCAGCCCGGAAGACGGGGUGGCAUGACGGUCCCCGAGAUAGGACGGGCUAUAUAUGGUGAGGUGCCUAGGGAAAUCAUCGAGAAUGCAAUCGUGCCGUUCCUGUCGCAGGUCCUAUGGAAACUGGCGGAUGACCGCAAAGUCGGUUUUGAGCCAGGCGAGACGACCGAACGGCGAUGGUUUGGGUUGGUAGCACGAUAAUCGUGACUGAUCGGUGUAAUUAAUGACCAUCCAUACAUACACAUCAUUGAUACAUCGUAUAUAUUCCUCCUAAGGAAGGGCAAAGGCGACGGUGAGUGCAGAGAAUUGUGGGAUUAAUGAACAUGACGCCCAAUACGAAAUCGGACUUUUGCUACCUCUAGCCUCUAGAACUCACUAUGUCAUCCUAAUCUGCUGCCUGAGCGCCCGCCUUGGCCCGCCGCUUUUCCGCAAUCUCCCGCCACUCUGCUAUGGGUCGGUGCAGCACGUAAAAUCUUGAUCGUGACCGGCGUACGGCUUCCUGGAUUCGUCGAGCAGCUCCUCGGUAAUACACAGCCACUGCGCGAUCCACAGCAGCCUCUUUGAUCAUCGCUGCCGCCAGU